AUGGCUUUCCCAGGAUUUAUGAACAUUGCUGCUUUGACACUUUGUAUCUUUGUUUUAGCAAAUUGUAAUCAUCAAGUACAGGCUUCGAGUCGUGCCUUUUCCGGUAAGGAAAGCAAAAUAUCUCCGGGAAACGGUUUAUGUGCUUCUUGGGUCACUAUCCAUGGCUACAAAUGCCAAGAACUUGAAGUUACAACCAAAGAUGGAUACAUUCUUAGCAUUCAAAGGAUUCCAGAAGGUCGAUCUGAGGUUAAGAACAAUGUGACUAAGAAAAAGGAGCCAGUGAUAGUACAACAUGGAGUUGCAGUGGAUGGAGCAACAUGGUUUCUGAACAGUCCAAAGCAAAACCUGCCUAUGAUUCUUGCUGACAAUGGCUUUGAUGUAUGGGUUACUAAUACAAGAGGAACCAAAUAUAGCCGCAAACACACUUCCCUAGACCCCUCUAACAAGAAAUACUGGGAUUGGUCUUGGGAUGAAUUGGUUACUGAUGAAAUGCCUGCUAUUUUUGAUUUUGUCUCCAAGCAAACAGGAGAACAGAAGAUAAAUUAUAUUGGUCAUUCUUUGGGGACUUUGGUAGCUUUGGUAUCCUUGUCAGAGGGCAAAUGGGUAAAUCAAGUUAAAUCAGUAGCAUUGUUGAGUCCUAUUGCAUAUUUGAGCAAAGUGAAAACUGUACUUGGACAAGUUGGUGCAAGAUCCUUACUAGGCGAGGGUCUUACUCUUUUGGGCGUUGGCGAAUUUGGUCUCAAUCAAGUACAUGUUCUUGAAUUCUUCAAGGGUGUUUGUUCUCAACCUGAAGUAACCUGCGAUAACAAAUUACUUCUUUCAAAAAAAAAUAUACUUACUGAAAUAGCAGGUGAAAAUUGUUGCUUAACUUCUUCAGCUUUUCAACAAUUCCUCAAGGUUGCACCACAAUCUUCAUCAACAAGGAACUUGUUUCAUUUAGCUCAAACUGUUCGAAGCGGUGUCCUAGCGAAAUUUGACUUUGAGAGGCUAGGCUCAAACAUGGUGCAUUAUGGAAAACUAACACCUCCUAUCUACAAUCUCUCAAACAUUCCUAAAAAUGUACCAAUUUUCAUAAGCUAUGGAGGUCGCGACGCGCUUUCCGAUGUUGCCGAUGUUAAGAGAUUACUUAAUGAACACUUUCGGAACCAUGAUACAGGCAAGCUUAGUGUUCAAUUCAUAGAUAACUAUGCUCAUCUUGACUACGUGAUGGCUGCAAAUGCCAAUGAGAUAGUGUACAAAAAUGUUACCUCAUUUUUUCAACGUCAAUGGUGAUAGUUGAAUA